AUGCGGAUCAAUACGGAGGUUCUUGGGCAAGCGGAGCUCCUGCUGCAAGCGCGUAACCAUCCCUCGCCCUCGCUUUCCUUCACCCGGGUCCCACGCUUCCUUUGUCCAUCGCCCGCGUCGUCGCCUUCGCUUCCGCAGCCCAUCGCAUUCGCGGCCCCAUCCCGUCGCCUUCGCUUCCCCCGCCCGUCGUCGCCUUCGCUUUCGGAUGACCGUUGCCUUCUCUUAUCCCGCCCGUCGCCUUCGCUUCUCCCCCCUGUUGCCUUCGAUUUCCCCGCACGUCGCCUUCGCUUCCCCCGCGCGGAGCCUUCGCUUCCCCCGCGCGGAGCCUUUGCUUCCCCGCGCGGAGCCUUCGCUUCCCCUGCACGGAGCUUGGGGAGGGAGGAGUGGGCAGUGAUGUUGGGCAGCUUCCCCGAGGACGAGGCGUGUCUGGGGGGGGACAGGCGGGGGAGGGAGGGGGAGAGGGAGGGCACGCGAGGGGGGGGCGGGGAGUGUUGGAGCGGAGUGAGAGCUACGACUCUCUGCUGUCAGACAUCAGCCGCGUCAGCUCCCUCGCUGAGAGGCGGAGGAGGAGGCAGAGGGGGAGGGGGAGGGGGAGUGGGAGGCGCGCUAGCCAUGCCCUUGCUCGUGGGCAUGGGCACGGGUGGCGGUGGUGCGAUGGAGGGUGCCUCGGGAGUGUACUGGGCGACGGACGGGAGCAGCAGCAUGGGCGGCGGUGGUGCGUCGUCGGGUGCGUUCCUUGCAGUGCAAGGCAUGGGGGGCAGCAGCAGCCCCAUGGGCGGUCAGCAGCAGGGGGGGAUUUCCAGCAGCACGGGAGGGUAA